AAAAAAAAAAAAAACUAUGGAGCUGUCAGAGUGACAACACAGAAAUCGUUUCUAAUGUUUAAUACAUAGUAAAAUUUCUCGUUUUAUUUUUACAAAAAAGAAAAAUAACAAUCAUUAUGGAAAGCUUCAUAAAAAAUAUAAAAAAGAAGCUUUCCGUGGACAACAUCGUCGAUAUGAUGAAAGAAUCUAAAGUUAUCGACGAUAAUUCCAUCAAAGAGGAGGACGUGAGAAAAACUCUUCAAAAAAUAGACCCCAACUCUCUUAUGGAUGUAGACGAACUUGCUGCCAAGUUGAACGAGAUAUCUGAAGAUAUAAGCAAAGCAACUGAGAGUACAACAGUGGAGAAAACCGCUGGUAAAAUUAUUAUAGAAGCGGCAAAAUCUGGCCUUAAUGCUCUCAAGAAGCCCACGCAACAGGAGGAAACGCCUAGCACUGAAAAUGAUUUCCUAAGUGCCUUGAACAAGGAAGAUAACGUAUUCAACCUGAACGAUGACUUUAACUGAAAUUUUAAACGGAUUUAGUGCUUCGUGAUAGAUUGUCCUUUUUAAUAUAACAUUUCAUAAACUUUUGCUUUCUACAAUAAAUUACACGAACUUACUAUCGUAAUG